AUGAAAACGCUAACCGAAUUACACUUUAUCCAGGCGGUUUCCGCGCAGUCUGGGGUGUCGUUUCUCGUCGCCAUUGUUGUUUUGGCGGCGGUGGUCAAGUUCCUGGGAACGGCGAAACCGCCGCUGCCGCUGCCGCUGCCGCCUCAACCGCCUGCGCAGCUCGUCGUCGGCCAUUUGCCCGAGUUGAUUCGGCAGAAUGAGGCGAGGAGAUGGCAUCUGCGGUUGAGCGAGUGGGCGCGGCAAUAUGGGCCGAUUUUUGGGGUUCGGACGGGGUAUAUUGUUGAUUAUUACGUCAACUCUGACUUGCUUGUCAAGGAGCUGUUUGAUAAAAGGUCCGCGCAGACGGCGGAUAGACCUACGUGGAUCAUGUCGAGCCGGAUCAUGAAUAACGACUUCAAUGUGUUGUUUCUUGAUGCUAGUCAUCCGCGAUGGAAGAACCAACGAAAGGUGAUUCAACAACUCGUUACGAGUGUCCCGCAAGCUGAUCGGAUUGUGCCACUUUUGGAAUACGAGACGCUCAAGUUUCUCCGUGAGAAUGUUGCCAGGACUGACGGGGGCUUGGCUGGUGAGAGGUUGUUUAGGGCUAUUGAGAGGUAUACGUACAGCGCCUUCUCGACUGCGAUGAUGGGGAUGGAUAUACCUGAGACGGAUGAUGCCGUCAUCGACUUCAUAAUGGGUGAGUUUGUUGGUUUGUUUCGGGGCGUAGACACAUUUCCCGGGUCGAAUAUCAUUGACUUGGUUCCUUCUCUCGGCAAGCUGCCAUUAUGGCUGAAGCCGUGGGAGAAGAAAGGCCGCGCAAGAUAUCGCAGAGAUUUGGAUUGGGCGAUGAAGAGGUUGAAGGUUGUCGAGGACCGCAUGGACGAGGAUGCCCCUCUCAAAGAUUCGUUCUUUGGUUCGGUUUUGCAACACGAGGAGUUGAGAGGCGUUUCCUGCAGGGAGGAAUUGGCGAUCCUUGGUCUUUCACUCAUUGUUGGCGCUGCUGAUACGAGCCGAAUGACGACGUGGUCGUUCCUCGAAGCGAUGAUGAUGUACCCCGAUGUACAGGCCAAAGCCAAAAAAGAAAUCGACCGGGUCGUCGGCGACAGGUUGCCGGUUUAUGCAGACUUCAAUCGCAUCCCUUACAUUCGCAUGCUGAUGAAGGAGGUUUGGAGGUGGCGGCCGCCAGUCGCACUUGGGCAUCCGCAUAUCACGGCGCGGGAUACGCAAGUGGGGGGAUACCACUUGCCCAAAGGGUCAAGACUCCAUAUCAAUGCAUAUGCAAUCGGCCAUGAUCCUGCGAGACACAAGGACCCGGAUCGCUUCUGGCCGGAGAGGUUCAAGGAUGAUGAGACCACGACUAUGGAGAGCAUCAAUUCUCCUGACCCCACGAAAAGGGACCAUUUUGCUUUUGGUGCCGGGCGCCGUGUUUGCCCCGGAUACCACGUCGCAGAACGGUCGUUUGCCGUCGCCAUAAUGCGCAUUCUGUGGUCUUUUGACGUAGUCACGGCGCCGGGUGCGAAGACGCCGCUUGAGUUCUCCGACUAUGCGGCGGCUUUACCCGGCAACCCCGAUAGCAGCAUGCCUGUGAAGCUUCAGUACCGGAGCGAGAGUCGGAAAGAAGCCAUUUUGAAGGCGUUUGAAGAAGAAACAGCGGAUAGACCGGUGAAAAUGCCCCUGAGCAUGGGAGAACUAGCUGUUCUAGAUCCUUCUGAGUAUCGUUAG